AAACGCAGCGUUUUUAGACACCUUACUGAUCUUAAUCAAGAAAGCUCGGAUCAAUUCAAGAAGUGAAGCAGUUUCAUCUCUUCUUCACUCUCCUUCUCUGGAUUCUCUUCUUCUUGAUUGAGUUUCGAAAUCGUUAUUUUAGAUCUCAUUAUCUUCGUUGAUUUUCUGGUUUGAUUGGAACGGAUUGGUUCGCUAGGGUUUAAGUGCGAGUAGAAGAUGGAUCGUAUCAGCGAUCUACCAGAUGAACUUAUUAGUCGAAUCGUGAGUCUUCUUGCUGCAAAGGAUGCUGCGUCUUUGUUGGUUACCUCAAGGAGGUUUGGGGAUAUCUACAAAAUCAUACCAGAUCUUGAGUUCGAUGACAAAGCUAAGUUUCAGGGGACUUUCACGGAUCUUGUGAGUGAGGCAUUGGCUCGGCUGGAAACUACUACGUGCAUAAGGAGAUUCUCUUUGAAAUCUGAAAGGGGUAUUGAUCCAGAUCGUUUCCACCACUGGCUACGUGAUGUGUUAAAUCAUCGUGGUGUCAUGGUCAUGGAUCUUGAACUGCGCAUAAAGGGUAAUAAUGGAUAUACGUUGCCUUCGGAGAUCUUUGCGUGCAAGACACUCAUUAAGCUGAAACUAGGGAUGGACAUUGUUAUCACUGUUCUCCCUGAGAACGCUUUGCUACCAGCGCUUGAGACUCUCGUUCUUGACUCCGUUCGGUUCUGUAAUCCUGCUGAUUGUGCGUUCAAGGCGUUUCUUUUGGCUUGCCCUGUGCUUAAGGAACUAACCAUCGAUGGCAUGUACUGGGAAACUUGGGAUUGGUCUGGAAUCGUGUCUAGUCAAAGUCUUGAAAGACUUACAAUUGGUCGUGCACUGACAGGUUUUGAUGGGCCUGAUCCUCAGUACAUUACUUUUGAUACUCCAAGUCUUACCUACUUAGACUACCUUGAUUAUGUCCCGGAUGGGUAUACAAUUGUUAAUUUCGAGUCCCUUGUGGAAGCUAAGCUUAGUCUUCUUGUGAUGGUAAAUCACGAAUGGAAUUGGGAUUUUCCAGUUGACGGUGAUAUCUUAUCUAGCAAUGCAACAAAUCUGAUUCAAGGGAUAAGAAAUGUUCAGAUCCUGGAAUUAUCAUGUCCGUAUACUUUCGAGACGCUUUACAUCUUCCGUGAUGCCAUUCCAAUAUUUGAAAAGCUUCAUCAUUUAACUAUGAUAAAUGAUGAUACGGGAGUUUGUUGGAAGUUUCUCCCCUUUUUGCUGAACAAGGCUCCAAAUCUAAAGACCCUUGUUAUUGAGGGUGACGUGCAUUGUCCUGAAGAUGGUGAAGAACCUGACAAUGUUUGCAGGUGUUUGUCGGGAUAUUCUUGUCUGUUGACAUGUCCUCUAAAGGUUUUGGAGAUAACCUUAUGGUACAACGGAACUGUCGGUGAGUUGCAGCAAGUAAAACAUUUCUUAGGAAAGCUGCCAUGUCUUGAGGUGCUGAAAGUUCAUUCCCGGGAAAGUUUAAGCGACGAGGAAAAGUUAAGAAUCACCAGGGAAUUGCUAAUGCUUCCAAGAGCUUCUUCCAAGUGCAAGAUCCAGAUUAGUUUUACUUAAAAACUUCCAACUCAAGCGUGAAGAACAAACUCUGGUUAGUUGCAUUUGUCUGUUGGAACAGAAUGUGAUUGUGCACAUUCUAGGUUUCUUCUUUACCUUUAGUUACUCUCUCUCUGUUAUCUUUUAUUCUGACCCUAACUUUAGUCUGUUGUCUACUUUCUAGGCAUGGUUUGAUUUGUAACUCAAUUUGCUUCCAAGUGUUCUUCGUUGAUGCCUUAACUGAUGAUAUAUGAACUUCACUUGUAUAAAAAAAAAAGAGAUACUUUCUAACAAAUUAAACCAAAUCCGCAAAAUCUUUAUACCAUUAUACCAAAUUUUGAGUUUGAUAACACAGUUGAGAAUCAAGGUCGUUUCACGGAUUUUGCGGAUGAAGUGUUGGCUCUGCCUCUCACUUCUCUCUGAAAUGUUUUCAUCUGGGGGUUGAUUAUGCCAUGUCAACCGUUGACUCUGUAAUGUGCUAAAGCGUGGUAUCUUGGAUCUUAGACUAGGCAUCUUAUAUUUCAUUGCCUGUUGAGGUCUUCUUCUCUUUGGAUCAAGUGGUCUGGACUUGUGUGUUACUCAUUAACAAUCUUGUUCUAUAAUUGAAUGACAUAUAAGAUGAAACAGAAGAGAGUAAGAAACCUGGAGACUUUACCUUUGGUUGCUAAACGCAGCUGAAACAUAGCACAUGUCUAAGAUAGAACUACAUAAAAAGGCUACGCCAACCAACAGUGAAACUAUCCAUAAGACAAGUCUUUUUAGGUCCAUCAGCUCGAGAAAAUACAGAUUUUAUUGUUCUCAAUUUCUCAUCGUCCUACAGAGUACUGGAAAUCAAGUAUCGCUCUCCUAGCUCAAGACUGUCCCGA